AUGCUUCUUGGUUGGUUUAUACUUUCAACUGCGGCAGGACAUUACCUAGCUAGCACAUCGUUACUUGAUCAGUUGUAUGGUGACUUGGUCCAUGAGAGUUAUCAACAUCCAAACUUUCAAUAUAAAAUAUCUCAGGACGAGGAUAACUUGGGUGUUUAUUCCAGCUACGAACAAAAGUUCCCCGAUGUGUAUUAUGAGUCCAUUCUUCAUCAUUAUUUGAAAAGGAAACCACAUGCCAAGUUUCCCGACAAGGAUGAUGUUUCGGAUAUAGAAAUGGAUCAAAACAUGUUUGGAGGCAUAGUGACGUAUGCCCAUCUUCCACAUUUCAACUGCUUCAAGGGUCACAAUGACAUUCCAAUAGACGUGGCAAUUGUUGGUGCUCCUUUUGAUACAGGUGUGUCUUUUAGGCCUGGCGCAAGGUUUGGUCCAGAUGCCAUUAGAUCAGCGGCGAAGAGAUUAAGUUACUCAACGGAUUCAAAGAAGAACAAUUACAAGGAGAAGAACAUCAGGAGAGAUAGUUUUCACAAGCAUUCAAUUGUGGACUGCGGAGACGUGGCAAUGAACCCAUUCGACAAUCGGAUUUCAUUGAAUCAACUUUAUCGUGGCCACAGAGCAAUUGUCAAUAAUCACAGUGGCAAGGUUCAUCUGAUACCGCGGGUGAUAACCAUGGGUGGUGACCAUACAAUUACAUUAAUGGCAUUGCGAAACUUGCACGAGCAAUGGAAGAAGCCAAUCAAGAUUAUUCACUUUGACUCUCAUAUUGAUACGUGGGACCCAAAAAAGCUAGGAGGUGGCAUCACCAACUAUAUGAGCUUAAACCAUGGUACAUUCCUACACUAUGCACAUGAAAAGGGUUUUAUAGGCGACAAGGGGAAUUAUCAUGUCGGAAUCAGGGCACCUCUAAUUGAUCCCGAUUUUGAUCUGAAGCAUGAUGCUGAAUGUGGAUUCAAUGUGAUUGGCGCCUCAUCGAUUGACAAAAUUGGAGUGCAGGGAAUUCUCAAAGAGUUGGUUGAGAGUUAUACUGCUAACGACAAAGAGAUUGGAACACCAGUGUACAUUUCGGUAGACAUAGAUGUCUUGGAUCCCGCUUAUGCACCUGGCACUGGAACGAUGGAAGUUGGUGGUUUUACGUCUAGAGAGCUCUUGGCGAUUUUGGAUGGGUUGAAGGGUACAGAAUUGGGUCGUCAUCUCGUUGGUGCCGAUGUAGUUGAGGUGAGCCCGCCGUAUGAUACAAAUAGCGGAAUUACGGCCUUGUCAGCAACUGCGGUCAUUGACUCGUUGUUAAAGAUUUUCGUCAAUUGA